AUGGUUUCCCUCUCAACCAACCCUUUCUUUCGCCUCACUCCAACAAAAAAUACUCCCCCUUCUACUAGAUUUCAACGCACAAACAACAACGCCAAUCCACUCUACAACAACCACAAUCACUCUAACAAAAUUCGCAGAAAAGUUGUUUGUGCUUGCAUCGCUCCUCCACGUAAUUUCAACUCCCAAGACUCUUCCGCCAUUCAAUUCAAUGGUUCAUCCAAAUCAGAACAACUAAACACAACUCGGGAUCAAGAUGAUGAUUCUGAUGUUCUUAUUGAGUGUAGAGACGUAUACAAGUCUUUUGGGGAAAAGAAAAUCUUAAAUGGUAUCAGCUUCAAGAUCAGGCAUGGUGAAGCUGUUGGAAUAAUUGGUCCUUCUGGGACUGGCAAGUCUACAAUUUUGAAGAUUAUUGCGGGACUUCUUGCCCCAGACAAGGGAGAAGUUUUUAUUCGAGGUAGAAAGAGAAGUGGUUUGAUAAGUGAUGACGAGAUAUCAGGUCUUCGGAUUGGAUUAGUGUUCCAAAGCGCGGCACUUUUUGAUUCUUUGACUGUUCGUGAAAAUGUUGGUUUUCUCUUGUAUGAACACUCAAGCAUGCCUGAGGAAAAAAUAUCAGAGCUUGUCAAGGAAACCUUGGCCGCAGUUGGUUUAAAGGGAGUUGAGGAGCGGCUUCCUUCUGAGUUAUCAGGCGGAAUGAAAAAGCGAGUUGCUUUAGCUCGAUCUAUUAUUUGUGACACCACAAAGGAUUCAAUAGAACCAGAGGUGCUCUUGUAUGACGAACCGACUGCUGGACUUGAUCCCAUUGCAUCUACCGUUGUUGAAGAUUUGAUUCGGUCUGUCCACAUAAAAGGACGAGAUGCACUUGGAAAACCUGGGAAUAUUACAUCUUACGUGGUUGUUACUCACCAACACAGUACCAUUAAAAGAGCCAUUGAUAGGUUGUUGUUUUUACACAAGGGAAAGGUUGUUUGGGAAGGAAUGACUCAUGAAUUUACUACUUCAACGAAUCCAAUUGUUCAGCAGUUUGCAUCCGGGAGCCUAGAUGGUCCUAUCAAAUAUUAG